AUGCCAUUCAUAUUUCGGUGUUUUCAAUCAUUUUUUGUAUUAUGUCUGUAUUUCUUGCUUGGAAUUAUUCUUGCACCUUCCGUUAUUAUCGUUGAAAUUGUUUUAAAGUGUAAAAUGUUAUGGAACGUUUUAAUAGAAGCCAAAACAAAGUGUUAUCAAACCAUCAUCAAAAUUCUCUAUCCAUCAUCCUUUCAUAAUCGAAUAAACCAAGCACAGAGUAGGGAUAAUUUCACCGAAACCUUUGAACAAGUGAUAACUGAUGAAGAAAGAGAUUCUUGCAAAGAUUCGACAGAAGGGGAACAGAGCGAUGUUGAUUAUAUCCAAAAUAACGGGUAUCAAGGUGAAGAAAUGAAUACAAAUGUUAAUGAAGUCUGGUAUGUAAAUAUAAAUAUUAUCGAUUAUAAGAUACCUUGA